GUUUCUGUCGCCUGCUUCCUCUGCUACUCCUUUUUUGAUGACUUUGAAUGGGUGUCUGUGGACGCCAUUGAAGAGGAUAAUAAGCAGCAGCCACAUGAUUUUGAUUUUGUUUUAGGACCUGUUCCUUCUAUUGCUGAAGUCCAAAAUGCGAUCUCUGCUAUUCAAAGGGUUUCCGGAGUAAGCUCGUGUCCGCCGCUUACCAGGGAUAGGUUCUCUCAUAAUGCUGGCAGGGAAAUAGCUUAUCCAAGCCCAAGUAGUUGCUCGAUGCACAGGGUUCAUUCUGUUGGGUCUGAGUUGGAUUGGAUGGAGCCUUCUAUGCAACUUUAUAACACACGAGCAUUCCAACCUUAUGUGUCAAACAGCGUUUACGAUGCUUUCCAUUUGUUGCAGACAGAUCCAGCGAUUCAGAAAAUGGUACUUUCAUUAUCUUCCGAUGAAGCUGUUUGGAAUGCUGUUUUGAACAAUGAGGUGGUGAGGGAGCUGAGAGAGACAUAUUAUGCAGCUGAAGAUAGUAGUCCAAUGAGUUUUGAUGAGAGCUCAGUUGAGGAUUCCGAUCAAUCAGACAAGACAACGAAUAUAGUGAAGUGGAUUUUUUACAACACUAAAGAAAAGGUCCUGGAUUUAUUCGAGAAACUAACAAAGCUCGUCAACGAGUUGUUUAAGCUGCCUGUGGAUAACGAUACGAAAACACCAGGAACUCCUGACCCAUUUGAUCAAAGGCUAAGAACCUCAUUCUUGCUAUCUGUUUUAGUCUUGUUGAUUGUGGUUGUGAGUCGAGCUAAAAUUACUUGAAUUCGACGACAUGACGGAUUGUGUUUAGCUUAAUAUGUUUUAAGAUAAUAUAUAUGGAUAUUAGGACAUAUUUAAGCAUUAUGUUAUUGUUUCAAAGGCAUUUUAUUAUAGUUCGUGAUUGUUAAGAUGUUGAUGUUCUAUCUA